AUGUGUGUUUGGGCAUCUGAAUUUAAGAAUGAAAAUCAUGUGAGAGGUGACUUCGCUACAGGCCGGAGAGCCUUGCACUACGCGGCUGAAAUGGGAAAUUUGGUGAUUUGCGAAAUCUUGAUUGACAAGUUCGGAGCCUUUGUUGAUAUCCCGUCUUACAGCGGGGAUACUCCUCUGCUAGAAGCUGCCAAAGGGGAACAUGUUAAAGUUGUGGAAUAUCUGAUCAACCAUAAUGCUCUACAUCAGGUGCCGAAUAAAAAGGGAUUCACCGCGUUGCAUUAUGCAGUUCUAAAAGGGAACAAGCAGCUUAUGGAGAUCUUGCUGGCAAACGGUGCUCCUACGGAGAUAGAUUCUGUGGAUGGAACACCUUUACAAAUUGCUGCAUCUCUUGGAAAUCUCAAGGCUGUGAAGUUGCUGCUGAGAAAUGGGGCGGCGGUUGGAAAUCUCAUAAAAUUUAGUUGUGCUAAUUUUGUGAUUAGCAGCUUAUGA